AUGAUAGUCGCCAGCACACCAGAGAAUAUACCGAAGCGUGAGCGUGACGAUCCACCCACCGGUGGCAGUGGUACGGUUUGUGGCAGUGCAACCCCGAUUGGCUCAACAAGUGGCAGCGUAACGAGCGAGAGGCGCUCAAAAGCAGACAGUCCCACUGGCAGCAAUUCUGCCGGACUGAUAGGUAGCGCUACGAGUGCAUUCACGAGUGAGGAAAUAAGCAGCACAACAACAACCACAGCAGCGCAUGCAUCAAGUAGCACAGUUGAGAGCGUCACUAUCAAUGGUCAAAUUGGAAGGCACGGCUCUCUCACCAUCGUGAGACGUUCUAAUAGCCGCAAAAGCUUCAUACAACUUGACGCACAACAACAAAGUAUUCUCACAUCACCAUCAACUGCUGCAACAACACCCAUAGGUGGUCCUACGCAUCAACCACAACAACAACAACAACCAUUUGCCGGCAUAACCGCCGACUUAGCUGCUCAAUUGCUCUCCAGCAGCGACAAAAAGGGUCAACACCCGCUAAGCAAUUUUCCCGCAGCAUCAAACACUGACAAUCGCUCAAAAGAUACCAACAAAAGUAAUAACAGUAGCAGUAGCCGCAUUGAAGCUGAGUCCACCAUUCCUGCGAGUGUUGCACCAAGCACCGGGAUCGCGGUCCAACAACUGCUGCCCAAUUUGGCAGAAGUACGACCACUCCGGCAACAACACAAGCAGUAG